AUGAAUUCCCAAGCUGAAGAAGAUUUUGUGUUUGCAUAUUUGCUGGGUACAUACAUCCAGUCUUUACGUCAGCAAGAAGAAGGCCAGCAUCAAUUACAGAGAGGGAAGGCCAGAUUGGAGCAGGUAGCAAGAAGGCGGAUGAGAAAACCAAGAUCCAUAUGGGUGCAAAAAUGGUUAUCGGAAGACAGAAGGCAGCAGCUGGGCCACUACUCAACAUUUCUCACCAGAGAGCUCCGCACCGAAUAUGUAAACGCCUUCCAGAACUAUCAGAGGAUGCCUCCAGAGCUCUUCGACGAGAUCAUGGAAAGAGUAAUUCCAGCCAUCGAGAGACAAGACACGAAGUUUCGUUCUGCCCUACCACCUGGACUGAGGCUGUCAGUGACUCUGAGGCAUCUGGCCACUGGAGACAAUUACUCGUCACUCUCCUAUGCGUUCAGGUGCAGUAAAGCAUCCAUCUGCCAUAUGGUGCCAGAAGUGUGCAAGGCCAUCGUGGAAGCCAACAAGGAUGAAGUGUUCGCUGUUCCUGUGACGCCCGAUGAGUGGAAAGCCCUUGCCCAGAAGUUUGAAGACAAGUGGAAUUUGCCCCAUGCGGUGGGAGCUCUGAACAGGAAGCAUAUUGCCAUCAGCAAGCCACCCAACACAGGCUCCAUGUACCACAACUACAAGGAGUUUUUCAGUAUCCCUCUCCUCGCCUUGGUGGAUGCCCAGUAUCGUUUCAUUUGGAUUGAAGUUGGUGGAGUGGGACACAUGUCUGAUGCCCAAAUCUAUAAUGACUCAGAGCUCAGUGAACUCCUUAAAGAAGGCCUGAUAGGGUUGCCACCACCAUACCCUCUUAACAACGAUGAAUAA